ACCCCCGGCCCCGGCUGUGCCCUGGGGCAGCAGCGACACCGGAGCACCCCCGAACACGAUGGCUACAGAGGGUCCCUGCGGCCCUGGCGCCGUCAUCCCCCUGCCAGCCCCUGCCGAGAGCGGCUGCUCGGACGAGUUUGCCCUGGACUGCACCUUCGCUGCCUGCGACCCUGAGCAAACAGGGAUGGUGCAGCCGCAGCGGGUGGUCGAGUAUGUGGCAGCGAUGACGGGGCACAGCGGGCACGAUGGGCAGCUGCAGGCACUGCGGCGGGCGCUGGACCCUGCAGCCGCAGGCACGGCGCUGGACUGGAGCCGGUUCCGCACCGCCAUGGGCGCCUGGAUUGCAGCGUGCCGACAGGACGGGGCCGAGGAGCAGGACAUGGUGACUGGUGACACUGGACCGGGGCCGGCAGAGGACAACGGACGUGCAUCCCCAGCAGCUGCCCAGCUCCAGGGUGACAACACGGACAUCACCACCCCUGCCGAGGCCGCUGGGCUGCGGAGCCGUGCCCGGCAACUGGCAGCCCAGAACGCCAAACUGCAGCGAGAUGCUGAACUGGCCGAGGAGCUCAACGCCCGCCUGGCCGAGGAGAUUGCGCAGCUCCAGGCACAGAUGCGAAGCAGCCGGCAGGCGCUGGAGCAGGCCAGGGUGUCGAUCGAGGAACUGGACGGACACAAAGGCCGUGGUGAAGCGGCUGGAGGAGGAGAACACCGAGCUUCGGCGGCAGGCACGGCACGUGGAGAAGGAACAGCGCAAUCUGUGUUCCCAGGCCGAGGGUCUACAGGAGGAGAACCAGCGGCUCCUCACCGAGGGCCAGGGACUGCGGGAGCAGAUCCAGGCGCAGGCGGUCCGGAUGGCCAGCCUGGAGGCCCAGCUCUGUCGUGGCACUGCGCUGCUCUCUGCCCGGGAUGCAGCUCUUGCCCAGGCCCUGUCCCACAGGCAGGGCAGCGGGCACAGGAGCUAACAGCAGCACUGGAGGAGUAUGAGCGGGUGGUGCAGGAAUUGCGCCUGGAGACAACACGGCUGCGGCAGCAGCUGGGCCAGAUGCGGGACGCCUGGGCAAUGCGCCCGUGGUGCCCGCGCAGCCAGCUGGACAUCCAGGCCGCAGCAGCAGCGAGCCAGGGGACAGGGGACAAGGAGGAGGACACAGGCACGGCGCUGUCAGGAGGAGGUGGCCUGCCGGGGAACAGUGAGGAGGCAACCGAGGCAGUGGUCCCACAGGUACCAUUGUCACCGUGUGCAAAGUUGUCACCGUUGACACCGUGGACACCGCUGCCACCAUGGGCUCUGGCGCUGCUGGCGCUGCUGGCCCUGCUCUACCUCCUGCCCCGCCAGUGGCCCCAGCCCCAGCUGCGCUACGGGAGCCCCCCGCCCCUCUAAAACCCCCAGUAAAUACCA